UUCACAAACUCUGUCAGCGUCUGCCUUUGUCAAAGUUUGGUUACAUAAAGAGCGAUUUAGGUUCAUGUUAACAAUUGUUGAAGUGUGAGGACUCACACUAAGGUUGGCUCAAAGCACUGCAUCUCAUCCCUGCCCAUAAGGCACCUGCUGAAAAAUGACCCUGCAACCAGUAACUCCAGUGAACUGUGCCAGCCUCCUGCAGCCUGGCUGCUCUAUGCUGCAGCUGGACGGGGAAGUUCUCCUGUUUGGCCAGAAAGGUUGGCCCAAGCGCUCCUGUCCAACAGGUGUCUUUGGGAUUCGGCUUAAAAGCAGCGAGCUGAAGUUGAGGGCCAUCUCCUUCUCCAACGACUCAUGCUACCUUCCACCAUUGCGGUGUCCAGCAGUGUGCCGCCUUGACCCCUAUGAUGGGCUUCCAGAGAGUUACCUCAUCCACGGUGGCCGCACACCAAAUAACGAGAUCUCCUCCAGCCUGUACCUGCUCACCAUGGAUAGCAGAGGUUGCAAUCGUAAGCUCACCCUUCGCUGCAAAGAGAAGGAACUAGUGGGAGAAGUGCCGGGCGCCAGAUAUGGCCACACGAUUAGCAUAGUUCAGAGCCACGGGAAAACAGCAUGUGUGCUAUUUGGAGGUCGAUCCUACAUGCCAGCCGGAGAGCGGACCACCGAGAGCUGGAACAGCGUUGUGGACUGUCCUCCUCAGGUGUUCCUAUUCGACUUAGAGUUCGGUUGCUCCUCAGCUCACACUCUACCGGAGCUCAGUGAUGGACAGUCUUUCCAUUUGGCCUUUUCAAGAGAAGACUGCGUGUACUUCCUGGGAGGUCACUCCAUCACGUCUGACUCCCGCCCCCCUCGACUCUUCUGCCUGCGCGUCGAGCUUCUGCAGGGAAGUCCCUUGCUUUCCUGUGAGAUUCUACACACUGGUAUAUCCAUCUCUAGUGCCAUAAUCACCCGCACAGGUCCAGCCCACAGAUAUAUUGUCUUGGGUGGGUAUAAGUCAGACUCUCAGAAAAGAAUGGAGUGCAGUUCUGUGAUUCUGGAUGAGAAGGGGAUUCAAUUAGAGCCAUUUGAGCCACCUCAGUGGACCCAAGAUAUCGUCCAUAGUCGCACUUGGUUUGGAGGCAGUGCGGGGGAGGGAAGCUUCCUUUUAGCUGUACCUACAGAGGGAAGGCCAUCUCAGUCAGAUAUGCAUUAUUUCUAUCAUGUGAGCUUUCAGACAGAGGAAGACGGCAAAGAGGAAGAAGGAACGCAGGGCUGCAGCCAAGAGUCAACUGAUUACGACAACUCCACUCCUCUUGAAGACUCAGAGGAACUCUACUUUGGCCGUGAGCCACAUGAGCUGGAGGAGAGUAGCGAUGGAGAAGAAGAUGCCUACAAAGAGGAUGAUGAGGAGGAUGAAUCACAGACAGGCUACUGGAUCAAAUGCAGUCUUGGCUGUCAGGUAGAUCCCAACAAGUGGGAGCCGUUCUACUCCACAGAGCUACACCGACCGGCCAUGAUCUUCUGCUCCAGAGGGGAGGGGGGGCACUGGGUCCACGCUCAAUGUAUGGAGCUGUCUGAGAUACUGCUGCUCAGGCUCUCACAGGGCAACAAGCGGUACUUCUGUCUGGACCACGGAGGCCUGCCUUACCAGGAAAUGACCCCGCCGCGACAGGUGACGCCUCUGAAGCGGACCCCCCUGAAGGUUAAGGACAGGAAGACUCCCCCAACAAUCAAAAUGUCCCCUGCAAAGAAAAGCUUUUUCCGGCGGCUCUUUGACUGAAUCUUGUUUUAAUUAUGAUUUCUUCUGAUGGUCACUGUUUAAAAAAUGAUGUACAAUGUAUGAUGUGUCACUGAUGUGUUCAAAGUGAAGCAAUCAUUGACAAUAAAUGAAACAGCCCUGAUCUCUGCUUGGUUUGAAAAAUGUUCAUCAUCAGUGACAGCUGAGUGUCUUAUAAGACUUUUACAUUAUGUAAUAAAGUAUGUAACUUUUUACAUGGCUGUUUUUAUUGACUGUUUGAAUAUUAACUGUAAUUUUGAAUUUAAUAUAAUUUUAAAGGAUUUACUUCUUUACACUUUUUCCAAUG